AUGGUUAAUGAGUUUAACCCAAAUGAGAUUGUGCGUGAUCCAGGUAGUAGGAAACAAAUUGAUGAGUAUGCUCCGGAUAUUCAAGACCAAGUGAGGAGGGCAUAUAUAUUGAAGGGUCCAAUGCAACCAGAUUUGCCAAGCUUUCCUCAAUAUAGUGAGAUCAAGGAUGCAACUUUUUGUUUUUAUUGCUUUCUCUUUAAGAAACCCGGGAGGGCCGAGCGCUUUGGUUUUGAAGUCUUCACUAAAAGCGGAUAUAAAGAUUGGAAGCAUUCAUCUCAAGGAUUUAAAGAUCAUGUUGGUAGUCAUAAUAGUUUGCACAACUCAUGUGUCAAGCACUACGAUGAUUAUAAUAAUCAAAGACAAAGCGUGACAAGUAAGUUUGCUAAAGCAACCAAGGAAUCAGAAGAAUUGUAUAAGAUUCGUUUGACUUGUUCUGUAGAUUGUUCAAGAUAUCUCAUUGCACAAGGCAUGGCUUUCCGUGGCCAUGAUGAAUCCUCUAUUUCUCUAAAUAAGGGAAAUUUUAGAGAGAUGGUAGAUUGGGUAAAAUCUAAUAAUGAACAAGUGAGGGAUGCUUUUGAACGUGGUGGAAAAAAUUGCACAAUGACUUCCGGUGAUAUUCAAAAAGAGCUUGCAAUGUGUUGUGCUCAUGAAGUUACCAAGGUGAUUAUGGAAGAGCUUGGUGAUAGACAAUUCUCUGUGCUUAUUGAUGAGUCACGUGAUAUAUCCAUCAAAGAGCAAAUGGCGGUGAUGUUGAGGUUUUUGAAUGACAAAGGGAGUGUUGUAGAACGAUUUAUUGCUUUACAUCAUGUCAAAGAUACUACAUCUGAGUCAUUAAAGGAUGCUCUUUAUGGUAUUCUUGAUAAGCACACAUUAUCUAUUUCAAGGAUACGAGGGCAAGGAUAUGAUGGAGCUUCAAAUAUGAGAGGUGAAUUUAAUGGUUUGCAAAGAAAGAUUCUAGAUGAAAACCCUUAUGCUUUCUAUGUCCAUUGUUAUGCUCACCGUUUGCAAUUGGUUGUUGUGUCCGUUGCUAGUAGUUGCUCAUCUAUUCAUGAUUUCUUUGAGUACAUCUCCUUGAUUGUGACCACAACAAGUGCAUCUUGUAAGAGGAGGGAUGCUUUGACAGAGGCACAACACCAAGAUAUUUUAAAUAAACUUGAGAUUGGUGAUAUAUCUAGAGGAAAGGGCUUGCACCAAUCAUCUAGUCUUGCUAGACCUGGGGAUACUAGAUGGGGUUCACAUCAUACUACAUUGCUUCGUUUGGACCAAAUGUGGUCCUCCGUGUUAAAGUUGUUUGGUAUCACAAACGAGCUUUCAAAUGUCUUGCAAAGAAAAGAUCUUAAUAUUGUGAUUGCCAUGGAAUUAGUUGAUGUUGUCAAAGUUCGGUUGGCCACAAUGAGAGAGAGUGGUUGGGAUAAUUUAUUUUCCGAUGUUCAAGAAUUUUAUGUUGCUAAAGGUAUUCCGGUGCCAAAUAUGGAUGAAGAAAUACCGGUUCGGGGUCGUUCAAGGGCAGAAGGGAGGACUAUCACUAAUUUACAUCAUUAUCGUGCAGAGAUUUUUUAUGUUGCUAUUGACAAAAUAUGUGUGGAGAUGGAUCACCGCUUUAGUGAAGGAAGUAACGUUAUCCUUGGUUGCUUCUCAUGUCUUGAUCCCAAGAACUCUUUCUCCAAGUUUGAUGUUGACAAGCUUGCUCGUCUUGCUAAUAUUUAUGAUGCAGACUUUUCUGAUGAUGACCGUGGCAUAAUAAGGGAUCAACUUGAAACUUAUGUUCUUCAAUGUCAACAGCAUCCGUUGAAAGAGCUUUUUCAGCAAUGA